CUUUUGCUUCCUUCCAGGUACUUGGAAAAUGCGAAAGCCGAAAACAAUGAUUAAAUAAACGUGUUAGAUGAACCAGUGGUCGCCUUGGAAGACGCCUGAGGCAUUCAUUGGGAUGCCGUCAAUUCCGCAGGCCUAAUUUGCAGUAUACAUCCACACAUGGGAUUGCUAUUUGGAACCGCUCUUCUGGAUGUGGGGGCUCUGGUAGCCUGUCUCAUCGCAGCUUUGUAUGUCUACUUCAAGAUGUCGAUUUCCUAUUGGAAAGAAAGGAAUGCCCCUUUUAUCAAUCCAACUUUCCCCUUUGGAAAUAUUAGAGAUCUAAUGUUGUUGAGUAAACCUAUAGGACAUUCGUUCGCAGAAAUUUACAGAAAGCUCGACGGUGAGAAAUAUGGAGGAUUUUACACGUUCGCGAAACCUGGAUUCAUUUUCCGUGACCCAGAGAUUAUAAAAUCUGUUCUCGUUAAGGAUUUCUCCAGUUUCCAAGAUCGCGGCUUCUUCAUAGAUGAAGAAUUUGAACCACUUCUUGGAAACUUGUUCUUUCUCCGUGGGGACAAGUGGAGAAAUCUUCGCGUUAAACUGACACCAACUUUCACUUCUGGUAAAAUGAAGAUGAUGUUUCAAACUUUGGUUGAUUGUGGGCACGAACUUGGAACCAUUCUAGAAGAAACCGCUAAUAAAGGAGAGAUUAUUGAAAUCAAAGAUAUCUUGGCUAGGUACACCACGGACAUAAUAUCGUCAUGUGCAUUUGGAAUCCAAUGUAAUUGUCUUGAGAAUCCAGACGCUGAGUUUCGUCAAUGGGGAAGGAAAAUAUUCAAAUCAUCGGCCCUGUCUAUGAUAAUUCUAUCUCUCAGUGCACUUGCUCCAUCUUUGGUGGCUUUCUUAAAACUGAGAAGCAUAGAUCCAGACGUCUCAAAUUUUUUUCGAAGAAUGGUUAAGGACACAGUGAACUUUAGGGAAAAUAAUAACUUCCAAAGGAAUGAUUUCAUGCAACUACUUAUCCAGAUCAAGAAUAAGGGCAAAGUAGACGAAGACAAUAAAAGUUUUGAAGAGAAUGAUAAUGGAACCAUAGAGAACAAAGCUGGUGAGGAUGGUCUAUCAAUCGAUUCUCUGGCUGCUCAGGCCUUCGUAUUCUUUCUUGCGGGUUUCGAGACUUCGUCAACCACCACGACGUUCUGUAUGUACGAGCUAUCAUUGCACCAGGAUAUACAGGAACGUCUCCGGGAAGAGAUCGAUGUUGUGCUGAAGAAACAUGAAGGCAAGAUUACGUAUGAAGCCAUCCAAGAAAUGGAGUAUCUGGAUAAAGUUGUCUCAGGUAAGGUUUACUCUUGCAAGAAUGUUUAA